AUGCGUUUCCUCUUGGCUGUAACAGCGUUGCAAGCCUUCCUCUUCCAGACAGGGUCAGGAUUCGUCGUCAGCCCCAGCACUGCGGGGAUCAGGACAGCAGCGUCAUCACUCACGAGCUUACGGAUGCACUCCCAAGUCCCUGGCAACAACGGGAGAAGAAAGUUCGUCCAGUCGCUCGUCGUGCCUGUGACGUUGGCUCUCUCGACCAGCCGCGCCGGAGCACUCACAGAGGAGGAGGAGCUGGAGAAGCUGCGUCGAGAGGCAGCCAGGAUCCAAGGGCUCUUCGACAGCCAGCGAGCCGCUAACGAGAACCUCCCUGGCCUAAGGAGCUCUGCUAGCCAGCCCCAGGCUAAAGUAGGAGAGAAGGUGGACCUCGUAUCAGACGGUAGGCAGGAAGGAGCAGCGGGAGCCGAGCCCUCGUCCAAGCUGUCAACCACAGACGUGGUCACCCUGCUGAUGGGAGCGUUGAAGAACAACAACGACCCGGCUCCAGACAACGGAUUGAAGACGAUCCUCAGGUUCACCUCGCCCACCAACCCGAUCAAGAGCCUGCCGGAGGAGACUUUCUUCAACCAGAUGAAGAACACCAAGUACAAUAUCCUCCUGGGCAACUUCGAUGACUUCAAGAUCAAGACGCUGGGCGGCCCCUUCGUCAACGAGGGAGCCAAGGUGGAGAUCAUGGAAGUGAAAGUAAGAGCUCCCUACAAGCAGAUGCUCAUCAACGGCGUUCCUCCCGAGUUUGUCGAGAGCGUCCCCGACCAGCCCAGUAAGGCCCAGGUGACCAUGAGGUGGCAGUUCAGCCAGGACAAGGCGUCGGGCGCCAGAGGGCUCUGCUCAGUAGAGUGCUCGAGAAGAGGAAGAGAUCGCUGUGACGACAGGGAGCGUGGAGAAGGGACGAGAGAGGGAGGAAGGGGAUAG